UUUAUAAAAAUAUGUUGCAAAAUUUUCUAUUUUGUACAAUAAAACAUUAUUAAAUUUAAUUAUAUGACCUCUUAACUUCCGUGGAUGUGACGUCACAUGUGAUUGAGAAGAAGAAAAACAUUGACCAUUUUGUUGCAGUUUUGAGAUUACAGGCGGUUUUGAAACCUUGGCAGUUCUGUCAAAGAUCUAUUCAGAUAAAUCACAAUGGGUGGAGCGGUAAGCACAGGUGAGGAUAAUGACGAGUUAGUCGACAACCUUGUAGAAGCAGAUUACAUUAAAUCAGAGCAUGUUGAGAGGGCAUUCCGUGCGGUAGACAGAGCCAACUAUUACUUGCCAGAGCACAGGGGCAAUGCCUACAAGGACCUAGCCUGGAAACAUGGACACCUGCAUCUCUCUGCACCUUGUAUAUACUCCGAGGUGAUGGAAUGCCUUGAUCUGAAGCCUGGGUUGUCCUUCUUGAACCUUGGAAGUGGGACUGGUUACUUAAGCACAAUGGUGGGAUUGUUAUUAGGUCCAUAUGGAAUAAACCAUGGCAUUGAGAUGUACGACGAUGUUGUUGAAUACGCACAAGAGAGGCUGAGAGAAUUUGUUCACCAAUGUAGUAACUUUGAUGACUUUGACUUCUGUCCCCCGUCAUUUGUGGUGGGAAACUGUCUGGAAAUCCCCUCCAGCAGUAACAUGUAUGACCGGGUGUAUUGUGGAGCCUCAUGCCCCCCUGAGCAUGAAAACUAUAUGAAGAAUUUGAUCAAAGUCGGCGGAGUGCUAGUUAUGCCACUCAAUGAUCAGCUGGUGUGUAUUAGCCGGACUUCAGACACCGUGUGGAGCUCAAAGAGUGUGAUGUCCGUCUCCUUUGCCACUCUGGUCAGUCCAACACAGGUGGAGAGUGUCAGUGCUGUAGAUCUCCCUGAGGUACACAUACCAGGACUUCAGGACUUGUGUCGCGUAAACAUUCGACAGUUCAUACGGAAAAACAUUUACCAGGAACAUCCAGACCUAAAGACCAUCAAAAGGAGAAAACCAAAGAAAACCAAAAACGUUAGAAAAAGACACUGCAGACGAAGACCAAAGAAAAUGGAAGGGCUGCCCCUGAGUAUGGGGAUGAUGAUUCUGAAUGGUUUUGAUGAAAGUGAUGAAAGUGACAUUGACAACGAGGAGUUUGAGGAGACGUCUGACAACAGUGAUGAACAGGAAGAUUCAGCAGUGGAUGGAGUGUCAGAUGAGGACUGUGAUUUGGAAUCUCAUGCUUCUGGAAGAGAAAAAUCUCCGAAGGGAAAAAAGAAUGGCAGACAUGCAAAGACUGAAAGUGAUGAAGAGCACACAGAGCCUCGUCGUCGAAGGAUGGAGCUUGGAGCAGAAUUCUCAGAUCGGUCCCUGAUACUUGCAAACAGGCUGCUGGAGGUGAUGAACAGAGCACGGGCUGCUUCAUCAAAUCAGCAAGGGUCAUCAUCCGCUUCUGCUAUGGUGGAGUUAAGAGAGGAGGAGCCCUUAGCUUCAGAGGAGAUACUCGAAACCUGUGAUGAGCAUGAAGAUAAUAAAGGAAGUGUUGACCAAGAACAAGAUUUAGAAAGUGAUAUACAAGACAAUGAUAAAUCAAAAUCUCCACAAGAAAAUGGAAAUCAAAGCAAAGUUGAGGAAGCAAAUGAUAAUGACAGAGAGCAAGAUUCUUGUCUGCCAAAUGAGAACGAAUAUCUUAAAAACUCUGUGAUAUCUUCAGACUCUGAAAUGGAAAAUGACGACAUGUUGGCAAGCAUCAAUUCAAACCUUGCUGCCAGGGAGAGAAAGCAGAGAUGUAUUUCACUGACUAGUGUGGACACUUCUACCACUUCAGGCAUAGGGUCCUUGUCAGAAGCCUCUGCUUUGGAAGAAAACAUGGAAUCCGAGAUGACAGAGAGCCCCAUUGAUAAGCUGUCACCUAGCAGCAGUAGUCAAGGAAGCAGCCAAAGAGAGCCAGUGGAAGAGAGUGAGUCCGAGACUGAGGUCUGCAUUCCACCGCAGCUUGAGGACUUGCUGAAAAAACACAUGAUGGAAAGAAUACACUCCCUUCCCUUACCAGAAUCGUUGAAGCUAUACCUUAUGCAUUAUAGGAACUGAGGCUGUACUAUUUUCACAAAGUUAUGUACAAAAUAGAUAUAACACAAAGUUAACAGACACAAAUUGGAUAUCAUAUUUGCAUCAUCACUUCACUUGUUUUGGUUCAGGUUCUUUGUAUUUGAACGUCAUUAUCUCUUUGUGUUGACGGCAUGUACUGUACAUGUACCGGUAAUUUAAGCAGGUAACAUGUAAAUGUACCUUUAGAUAUUAUGCAGUAGUUAAAUAUGUAUAAUUGAUAAGCUUUAUGUUUUAUCUUUAUAACUAGCUUUUGGGGCAAAUAGAUACUCAUGUGGCUAGGUAACGUUGUGUAUUUGAUGCUGAAUCUUGCAUAUCAACUCAGGUUUUUGUGUGAAAAAAAUCUAAUACAUUAUAUCAUUGUGAAAAAAGGCAGUAUGUAUUUUGAGAGAGAGAGAGAGAGAGAGAGAGAGAGAGAGAGAGAGAGAGAGAGAUCUGAGAGACAGAUAAAGGAGAGAGACAGAUAAAGGAGAGAGAGAGAGCAGAGAUUUCAACCAGACACAAGAUUUUGCACAGGUUUAAUUGCACAGUAUGCAUUCGUGCUUAAGAUUGCUUUAUGGAAGCUUGGGUGAUGGAAGAAAAGAUGCACCUUGAUGUUAUUGAAAGCACAUAAGUACGUAUGGAAAUGAACAGUUUGUUUGGUUUCUAGUCCUGGAUGAUCAUUCAUGGAUAUGAAUGACAAGUGUAUGAAUAUUUUGACUUCAAUUCAUAAACUUCUUCAUUAAAUUUGUUUUGGUUACAAUGCAUUUAUGUAUCCAAGUUAAGGGAAAGUUGAAAAACAUGUAUUAGAAUUUCUUGCACAGGUUGUAUAUAUAAUUGAAUGCACCGGUACUCGCGCCGACCUAAUAUUUGUAAAUACAUUAACCUGUUCAUUAUUUUUGUUUUGCAGAAUAAUAAUAUUAUCAGUAUUCCUUUGCAUUUCACAAAGAGUUUAGUGCUUCUUUGUUUUCUGUGGCAUGUACAGUAUGUUUUGAAUCCUCUUUAAUUUUUGUCCUAUUUAUGAACACUAGAUUUUUGUAAAUCAAACUUGUUGAUUUAGAGUUGGCAGAUUCAUAGUUAUUAUGAGAAUAAAGAUUUUUUCAGCAUU